GACCGAGCACAGCCAUGAGACUUGCAGUGAUUUGCUUUUGCCUAUUUGGCAUUGCCUCCUCCCUCCCGGUGAAGGUGGCUGACUCUGGUAGCUCCGAGGAGAAGCUGCUUUACAGCAAACACCCAGAUGCUGUAGCCACGUGGCUGAAGCUGGACCCAUCUCAGAAGCAGACCCUCCUAGCCCCACAGAAUGUCGUGUCCUCUGAAGAAACAGAUGACGCUAAGCAAGAAACUCUCCCAAGCAAGUCCAACGAGAGCCAUGACCACAUGGACGACGAUGAUGACGAUGACGAUGCCCAUGCCAACAGCGAGGAUUCUGUGGACUCUGAUGAGUCUGAUGAUGAUUCUCACCACUCCAAUGAGUCUGAUGAGUACGUCACAGCUACUACACAGACAGAAGAUGCCACUCCGAUUGCCCCUACCAUAGACAUCCCCAAUGGCAGAGGGGAUAGUCUGGCUUACGGACUGAGGUCAAAGUCUGGGGACGUCCACAUGUCUGAUGACCAGUAUCCUGAUGCUACAGGUGAGGACCUCGCCUCCCACAUGAAGAGUGAGGAGUCAGAUGAGGCUCUCCAGGUCAUCUCCGUUGCCCAGCGUCUGAGCAUGCCCUCUGAUCAGGUCAGCGAUGGGAAGACCAGUCACGAGUCAAAUCAGCUGGACGAACCAAGUGUGGAAACCCAGAGCCAUGAACAACUCAGGGAGUAUAAACAGAAGGCCAGUCAUGAGAGCCCUGAGCAGUCUGAUAUGAUUAGUAGCAAGGAAAAGUUCAAAGCCAGCCAGGGGCAUCAGAGCUAUGAGUUUCACAGCCAUGAGGACAAGCUGCUCCCAGACCCUAAGGGCCAGGAGGAUGACCAACAUCUUAAAUUCCGCAUUUCUCAUGAAUUAGAGAGCUCAUCUUCUGAGGUUAACUAAAAAAAGAGGCAAAAUUACAGCUCCUUACUUUGCCUUUAGUAAAACUAAGAAAAAAAUAUUAGUGAGGGCACUAGCACUCAUUUCUCAGCUUGAUGGAUAUAUGUUUGUGGAGAAGGAAAUAGAUACUAUUUUGGACCAUUAGUUUAGUUUGUUGCUUCAUGCAAGCGCCUUGUAACCUGAAAAGCUCCAGCACUUUGCUUCUAUUCUUUCUAUUGAAGAAAUUCAAAUGGCCGCUGCAUUUUAAUGAUUGUUAUUCUUUUAUGAACAAAUGUAUGUAGAAACAGGUUAAAAGAGAAACUGUAACAGUCUGUGUCACUAUACUCUUGUUUUUAUAAUUAGUGUAUAUUUUGUUGUGAUCAUUUUUGUUGGUGUGAAUAAAUCCUGUAUCUCGAGUGUA